AUGGCUGUUACUGAAACCCAUACUGAUGGCGCGGAUACGAUCAUUCCCACGAGUGCGCAUGGCAAGCCACCGGGUGAUCCAGUCCUGCUGGAGAGUGCAAUGCCCGAGGAAACUCCCCAGAAUGCCCCGUUGCACCGGACUCUGAAGUCGAGACAUCUUCAGAUGAUUGCCAUCGGAGGCAUUAUCGGCCCCGGCUUGCUUGUUGGAUCCGGAAAUGCCUUACACGUUGCUGGACCUGCCGGCAUUCUCAUCAGCUUCACACUCGUUGGAAUCCUUGUUUUCUUCAAUAUUCAGCUCGUUUUGUUGAUCCGUCGCUGGCUUUCGGUCUUGGUUGGGCUUAUUGGUAUUUAUGGGUUACCGUUAGUUUCCAUUCAUCCCCACUACGCGUUUUCUUAUAUUUGGACCAUCUUCACGAUUACUGACGAUUCUCAGGUCCUUUCUAACGAAUACAAUGCAUUAGCUCUUGUUAUGGGCUACUGGACAGAUGUUGUACCGCAAUGGGCAUGGAUUCUUAUGUUUUGGGUCAUAUUCUUAACACUGUCAAAUCUUGGAGUUCUAACAUACGGCGAGGUUGAGUUCUGGCUUGCCUUGAUCAAAGUCAUCUCCCUCACGAUAUUCUUUAUCCUUGCAACAAUCAUCAGUGCCGGUGGUAUUGGCGGCAAAACAAUCGGGUUCAAGUAUUGGAGCAAUCCUGGCGCUUUUGCCGACUCUAUCAACGGAGUAGCGAAGACAUUUGUGAUCGCAGGCACACUCUAUGCUGGGACUGAAAUGUAUGAUGCACCAUCCACCUUAUCGCUCCGUUGA